GCACUAUAUAAUAAAGAGCAGAAAGGAAACCGGAGAAUGUUUGUUUUUCUACAUGAAUGAGUCAUUAUAAGACCAUCGCCAUGGCAACCAAGAUGUUUCCAAAAUCAUUCGCCUACUACCAGUCCCUGAACAGUAAAACAAAUCUUGCAGUGUGUAGAACUAAUACCAUUAGGUGUCUUUCGACAUUGAGUCAACAAAGAUGGAGAAAGGCAGCAGGAGGGAUAAACGACUGUCUCUCUAAGAAAUACUUUGAAGGAACAGUCGGUCUAAGUGCAGCUUCACCAAAAACUGAUGCCACAGGAUGGCAUCAAAUUCUGCAAUCACCAUGGCGUCUUUCAAAAACAUGGCUAUCUACUGGGAGCAGUUUUGUAAUAUGUGCUCCACGUGAUGAACACGGAAAUGGAGACAGGCCUUCUACAUCUGUCUCUGGUAUUCUACACACAGAUACUUCUGGUGUCGCAAAAACAGAUAGCAAAGAAAUAAAUGCACUAGAUGAUGACGUUUUGAAGACAGAAACAAGAAACUCAGACAGUGUUACUGUUAGCAUUGAUACAGAAAAUAUAUAUCCUGCCAGUCGAACAGGGACAACAAGCAGAGAGCCAACUAAAGUAAACAGUGAUUUGAUUAAUGCCCGUGAGGAUGGUGGGAUAGGCCUCUUAGACGACGCAGAUGAAGAUGACGUCCUGGCGGCGCAAGACUCUCCGAUGGUCUUGGAAGAGUUCAUCAAACCGUUUCUGCCAACGGAAUCCCUAACCCUAGCCUCGUAUGCAGACCAUUCGGUUACUAUACAGAAACUUGUUGAGCUUGGAGUCGACCUAUCGAAGGUGGAAAAGAAGGCUCGCAUCGGUAAUGCCCUCCUGAAGAUGGACUUCGAGAAAGACAUCAAAGAUAAGAUCAUCUUCUUGCACGAUGUUGGGAUAUCGGGGGAAGGACUGGGUCGCUUUCUUACCAUCAAUCCUUUUGUCUUGACGGAAGAACUACAGAGUCUGGAGGCUCGGAUCGGCUACCUAAGAGGGAAGAAGUUUUCUGAGGAUGCCAUCACGAGAGUGCUGACGAGAGCCCCGUUUUUCAUCAGUUUCUCAGUGGAGAGAGUUGAUAGUAAAUUGGGUUUUUAUCAGAAGGAGCUGAGCUUAACUGGAAAUGAGCUUCGGAGUGUUAUCACAAAGAUGCCCAAGUUGGUCACGUUUAAAGUGCAACAUAUCAAGGAGAGUCUGUUUGUGAUCCGGCAACAACUCGGCUUCACAAGAUCGGAGCUGAAGAAUCUCAUUCUUGAAGAUCCAAGGGUGCUCCUCAGAGGUAAGAAAAAGCUGAUAAGCACUUUUGAUGUACUGCACAACCACAUGGGUAUCCCUCACAAGCAACUUGUGAAGAAUCCCCAGGUGUUCAAUGGAAGAGUCUACAAGUUGCAAGAGAGGCAUCAGUUCCUGAAAUUGCUUGGCCUCGCUCAGUACGACCCGACCAAGCCGGGCUACAUCUCAACUGAAAACUUAUCUAAGGUUCCAGAUGCUGCCUUCGCACAAGAAAUCGCCAAGUCCUCCAUUAAUGAAUACAAUACUUUCUUAAAGACACUGUAAUUAUCUUCACA